GGCGCGCCCCGCCCCUGCACCCCCUCGCGGCGCGGCGCCGGCGGAAGCAUGGAAGGCGAGAGCACGUCGGCCGUGCUCUCCGGCUUUGUGCUCGGCGCGCUCGCUUUCCAGCACCUCAACACCGACUCCGACACGGAAGGUUUUCUCCUUGGGGAAGUGAAAGGUGAAGCCAAGAAUAGUAUUACUGAUUCCCAAAUGGAUGAUGUUGAAGUUAUUUAUACAAUUGACAUCCAGAAAUAUAUUCCAUGCUAUCAGCUUUUCAGCUUUUAUAAUUCUUCUGGUGAACUAAAUGAGCAAGCACUGAAGAAAAUAUUAUCAAGUGUCAAAAAGGCUGUGGUUGGUUGGUACAAAUUCCGACGUCAUUCAGACCAGAUCAUGACAUUCAGAGAGAGACUGCUUCACAAAAACUUACAAAAUCAUCUCUCGAGCCAGGAACUUGUUUUCCUGCUGUUAACACCAAGCAUAAUAACGGAAAGCUGCUCUACUCACCGGCUGGAGCAUGCCUUAUAUAAGCCUCAGAAGGGACUUUUUCACAGGAUACCGUUAGUGGUGGCCAAUCUGGGCAUGUCGGAACAGCUGGGUUAUAAAACUGUGUCAGGUUCCUGUGAGUCCACUGGUUUUAGCCGAGCAGUAAAAACACACAGCUCUGAAUUUUUUACAGAAGAUGGAUCUUUAAAGGAGGUACAUAAAAUAAAUGAAAUGUAUGCUUCUUUACAAGAGGAAUUAAAGAGUAUAUGCAAGAAAGUAGAACACAGUGAGCGAGCAGUAGAGAAACUACUAAAGGACGUAACUAGAUUGAAACGGGAAAUUAAAAAAAGAAAACAGGCACAAAUUCAAGCAGCACGAGAGAACAUCGAAAAAGACCCUCAGGAGAACAUUUUUCUUUGUCAAGCUUUACGGACCUUUUUUCCAGAUUGUGAAUUUCUUCAUUCAUGUGUUAUCUCCUUGAAAAAUAGGCAUAUUUCUAAAAGUAGCUGUACUGCCAACCACCAACUCGAUGUGAUAGACAACUUGACCUUAACGGUAGAAUACGCGGACAUUCCUGAAGCCAGUGCGGCUAGUGGUGCGCCGCAAAUGGUUAAACGUAAAGCUUUAGAUCCCGAUGAUGGAUGGCAGUUCAAGAAGUCACGGCCAUUGGAGAUACAAGACCAACCAUCUAAAACAGAUACUGAUAGUAGUAAUCAAGAAAAAGCAUCCACAACAAGCAGCCCUGAAACAGAUGAAGACGUUGAAAAAAUGAAGGGUUCUUAACCACAAACAUCACUAGAGCAUUUAGAACAUCACCUAAAACAUAGAUAAAGACUAAAUGCAACCAACAAAUGAACUACUGGAGGAAGUCCCUGAAAGCACAAGACUGCUGGUUGGCCACCAGCUGGACUGAAGCAAAGGUUCCUCACCCACUCCCAUCCUUGGACUGUACAUUUUGCCUACUGUUCCCACAGUGGAAACUGUUGCAAGGACAUAGCCUUGAGAAAGUAAGGUGUUGACACCAUAUGGAUUGUGUGUGUGACUGAACACAGUUAAGGCCUUAAUAUAAACUAAGACUAGCAGGCAGGUGCGGAGAUCUACUUGGCUUAUGGCCACCCAAGACAAACUUCUAAGUUCCCUUGUUUGCUAAGGGAAACUUAGAGAUCUUGGAGUUACCUGCCCCUUCAGUCUCUCCCUGCCCUCCAUGUACCAGUUUAUGAGCCAACAGAUAAAACAGGCUAGACAUAUGUGAAUAGAUAUCUCCUGAGGACAAUAGAUUUUUCAAAGGCUGCUUAAAAGAAAUGCCUUCAUACAAAGUUCAAUUUGCUAAAACACUACAGAGAGGUAAUGCAUUUGGCUUAUACUUGUGCACAAUGAUCCAUCAUCUUUGAAGAAAGAAAUGCUAAAUUUCAGAGAAUCUUGCUGAGGUCAGUACCAGCUGAACUUCCAUAAUUAAGUUUGAUGACCCAAGUUUCAAGGUAUUAAAUGAA